UUCGCAAGAUCUCAAGCAGCAGCUCAUGCUGUAUGACGAGUUCACCUCUUGUUUGCCCCCCGGCCAUCAGACAUUUACAGCCUCUGCCAAACUGGGAUUUUCCUCUUGGCUGAUAUUGACAGCCUCUGGGAUUCAGGGAGUUCAUCAGUCACUCCCACACCCGAAUAGACGGCUUUGAACCGGCGUGGAUUACCUACCUUGCGCAGGAAAUGCUCCGUGGUGCUGCCUGGUGUGUACAAGCAUCGUUUUUGCUGUCGACAGUGCAGAAAGCCGGCAGUGAGUUCAGGAUAUAAAGGGAAUGCUCGGAGCGCAGCAGGGGCGAGCUCACUCCUGGACAGGUACUCUCUGACGGAGGCCAAACUCUGAGGUGGAGGAGGCUGCAACGAGGCCCUGAGGGAGCCUCCCACCCUCCCUGCCCUUACCAGGUGGAAGCAUCGGACAGCCAUGGCUCCCCGGAAGCGCGGCGGUGGUGGGCGCGGUGGUCUCUCCUUCAUCUUCUGCUGCUUCAACAGCAACGACCACCCGGAGAUCACUUACAGGCUGCGGGAGGACUUCGCCCUGCAGUCCAUGGAGCCGUCACUGCCAAUGCCAGGAUAUGAUGAGCUGGACGGCAUGUUCUCCGAGUUGGUGGACGAGCUCGACCUUUCAGAGAAACACAGGGAAGCCAUGUUUGCCCUGCCUGCUGAGAAGAAAUGGCAAAUCUACUGCAGCAAAAAGAAGGAACAAGAAGAAAACAAAAGUGCAACCAGUUGGCCAGAAUACUACAUCGAUCAGCUCAACUCGAUGGCAGCUAGAACGACGCUCCUCGCUCUGGAGAAGGAGGACGAGGAGGAGAGGAACAAAACCAUAGAGAGCUUGAAGACGGCUCUGAGGACACAACCGAUGAGGUUUGUGACUCGUUUCAUCGACAUGGACGGCCUGACGUGCAUCCUGAACUUCCUGAAGAGCAUGGACUACGAGACCACGGAGUCGCAGAUCCACACGUCUCUAAUCGGCUGCAUCAAAGCUCUGAUGAACAACUCCCAGGGCCGCGCCCAUGUCCUCUCUCACUCGGAGAGCAUCAACAUCAUCGCCCAGAGCCUGGCCACGGAGAACAUCAAGACCAAGGUGGCGGUGCUGGAGAUCAUGGGCGCUGUGUGUCUGGUCCCUGGUGGCCACAAAAAAAUCUUGGAAGCCAUGCUGCACUAUCAGCGCUUCGCCUGCGAGAGGACUCGCUUCCAGACCCUAAUAAAUGAUCUGGACCGGAGCACGGGGCGAUACAGAGACGAGGUCAACCUGAAAACAGCCAUCAUGUCCUUUAUUAAUGCUGUGCUGAGUCAAGGAGCUGGAGAGACAAGUUUGGAAUUCCGUAUCCACCUCCGAUAUGAGUUUCUUAUGCUGGGCAUCCAACCGGUGAUCGAUAAGCUUCGUUCACAUGAAAACUCCACAUUAGACCGGCAUUUAGACUACUUUGAAAUGCUGCGGAACGAGGAUGAGCUGGCUUUGUCAAAACGAUAUGAGUCGGCACACAUAGAUACCAAAAGUGCCACCCAAGUUUUUGAGCUCAUCCGCAAAAAGAUGAACCACACAGAUGCAUUCCCGCACUUUAUGUCUGUGCUGCAUCACUGUCUCCUCAUGCCACACAAGAGGAGCGGUAACACGGUGCAGUACUGGCUGCUGUUGGACCGGAUCGUCCAGCAGAUGGUCCUGCAGAAUGACAAAGGUCACGACCCCGACGUCACACCACUGGAGAACUUUAACGUGAAGAACGUUGUCCGGAUGCUGGUCAAUGAAAAUGAGGUCAAACAGUGGAAAGAGCAGGCAGAGAAAAUGAGAAAAGAACACCACGAGUUGCAGCAGAAGUUUGAGAAGAAGGAGCGUGAAUGUGAUGCGAAGACCCAGGAGAAAGAAGACAUGAUGCAGACGCUUAACAAGAUGAAAGAGAAGCUGGAGAAGGAGAGCACCGAGCACAAGAAUGUCAAACAGCAAGUGGCUGAACUCAGCACACAACUGCACGAACUCAGUACCAGACAGGCGACUCUUGUUCCUGGAGGCCCCCCCUUUGCCCCCGGCCCGCCCGGCGGCCCUCUGCCCCCCCCUCCACCCAUGCCAGGCUUUGCAGGUCUGGGCCCUCCUCCCCCUCCUCCAGGUGGCAUGAUGCCUCCCCCGCCUCCACCGCCCCCUCCUCCUGGUGGCCCUCCUCCCGGACGUCCUCCUAUCGGAGGCAUCCCCCCGCCGCCCGGUGGGCCGAUGGGACCCUCCCUGAUAAAGAAAAACAUCCCUCAGCCAUCCAACCCGCUGAAGUCCUUCAACUGGGCUAAGUUAGCCGAGAAUAAACUGGAGGGCACCGUGUGGAUGGAAGUAGACGACUGCAAGGUUUUUAAAAUCCUGGACCUGGAUGACCUUGAAAGGACCUUCUCAGCCUAUCAGAGACAGCAGGACUUCUUUAUGAUCAAUAACAGCAAACAGAAAGAGGCGGAGGACGACACACUGAGCUCUAAAAAAGUCAAAGAGCUGUCUGUCAUUGACGGCCGUCGAGCUCAGAACUGCAACAUCCUCCUCUCGAGGCUGAAGCUUUCAAAUGUGGAGAUUAGGAGAGCCAUUUUAACCAUGGACGAACAGGAGGACCUACCCAAAGACAUGCUGGAGCAGAUGCUGAAGUUCGUCCCUGAGAAGAGCGACGUGGAUCUGCUGGAGGAGCACAAACACGAGCUCGACCGAAUGGCAAAACCCGACCGUUUCCUCUAUGAGAUGAGCAAAAUAAACCACUACCAGCAGCGGCUCCAGUCGCUGUACUUCAAGAAGAAGUUUGCAGAGAGGAUAGCGGAGAUCAAACCCAAAGUUGAAGCUCUGACGAGGGCGUCUAAGGAGAUCUUACACAGCAAAAACCUGAAGCAGCUGUUGGAGGUGGUGCUCGCUUUUGGGAACUAUAUGAACAAGGGUCAGAGAGGAAACGCUUACGGCUUCAAGAUGGCUUCACUCAACAAGAUCGCUGACACCAAGUCCAGUAUCGACAAAAACAUCACUCUGCUUCACUACCUGAUCACUAUUCUGGAGAAGAAAUACCCCAAAGUCCUGAAGUUCCAGGAGGAUCUGCAGAGCAUCUCAGAUGCCGCCAAAGUCAACAUGACGGAGCUGGAUAAAGAUAUCUGCAACCUCCGCAGCGGCUUGAAAAGUGUGGAGAGCGAGCUGGAGUUCCAGAAGAAGCGACCGCAGGAGCACGGCGACAAAUUUGUGUCGGUGGUGAGUCAGUUCAUCACGGUGGCCAGCUUCGGCUUCUCCGACGUGGAGGACUCUCUGACCGAGGCCAAAGAGCUGUUCCUGAGGGCAGUGAAGCACUUCGGCGAAGACGCCAGCAAGAUGCAGCCGGACGAGUUCUUCGGCGUCUUCGACCAGUUCCUGCAGUCGUUCGCCGAGGCUCAGCAGGAGAACGAGAACAUGCGGAGACGCAAAGAAGAGGAGGAGCGCAGGGCCAAGAUGGAAGCUCAGCUGAAGGACCAGAGGGAGAAGGAGCGAAAGGCCCGGAAGGCGAAGGCCAACGGCGAGGACGACGGCGGCGAGUUUGACGACCUGGUGUCGGCGCUGCGAUCGGGCGAGGUCUUCGACAAGGACCUGUCCAAGAUGAAGCGCAACCGCAAACGCAUCAACAGCCAGAACACGGACGCCAGCCGAGAGCGGCCGGUCACAAAGCUCAACUUCUGAGGCUGACAUCAUCCUCCUCUUCUUCCUCCUCCUCCUCCUCCUCCUCUUCCUCGGCCCCGCUGCUCGUUGUUAGUUUCUCUCUGGGUCAAGCUGACACUCACAUUCCUCCGCUCCCACCCGGCGCCGCCUGAACCGACCACGGCCUCGCAUCAUCGCAGCAGAGCCACACACCCUCCGGACUCUUUCACCCUCUCACGAGCAAAAAAGCCCAAAACUGUUAUUAACGACCAAAAUCCCAAAAAAUUCCAGCUGGAGGAUCGACUUCAAUGAAAUGAAUGAAAUGAAGUGUUUCGUCACGCAGGACCAGGAAGUGGCGUCUCGCUCCAGGUGGAAGAGGCGGCCGUUUGAUCGGACGCGUCCUGUGUUGUUUUUUUAGUUUCUUUUUUACGUCAGAAUCUAUGCACCGAACGUAACGUGCAGAUCUUCGACCCAACAGGAAGGAAAAGAAACACAAGGGGCCAUUUUGUACAGACUGAUUUGAUAGAUCGAGGGGGGGGGGGGCUGCUUUCGCGGUCGCUUUUUUUGUAGAAAGACUGAAUCUGAACUUCCCGCCGUUCUGAGGACCGCGACGCAUCUUCAAACAGGAAGUGACGCAGCGGAGUUUUCUUUGCGUUCAUCAUUAUUGACGCGCAGCAUUUAUAUAUCUGUAUGUUUUCUUUCAUCUACUUCCUGUUAAGAGCUGGCCUUAACUCUGUUGACUGUAAUUGUUUAGUGGGUUCUCCAAGGCCUCGGUUUCUCAUCAAGUGUGGACACUCAACGUCAUAGAUUACAUAUAUCUAUAUCUAUAUCUAUAUAUAAGGUUGCGUGCUUGUCAUACAUGCACAUAUGAGUUCAUAAUUAUUCUGCUAAAUGCCAUUAAACCCAUACCCAAACAAUGCAAUACACCUGUUUUCCCCCUUCUGGAGAGAGCGCCCCCUAAUGUUGAUGCUUUUAUUUGAAUAGAUGAAAGCCGUUUCCUGCGCUGGCUGGAUUCACACUGCAUCCAAAACAUUCUGUGACUCACACGUGAAGUGUCUCCACUCACACGUGGACACGAGGUCUGAUCUGAAUUUGUCCCCCCCCCCGAGCAGCUCAGUGUGAAUCCAGCGAGUGUCGGACGCCUCUAUGAACUUUUAUAAUUUAAAUAUUGCCUUCCAUUGUACGAUGCCCGGAUGAAAAUAAAUGGGAGAAAAGCA